AGCUACAGUGGUGACUAUCAGCGGACUAGUUUAGCUGGAGUACGUAGAACGCGCGUGAGCGAGGUUUUUUUCUUUAGAACUUCAACAGAGGCUCACUACCUGUAUAGGCGCCGUACAAUGAAGCUUUCUGCUUUCGGUUGGGACGAUUUUUUUGUUGAAGCCUCGCAUUGAUCUCUAUCGUCUCGAAUUCCUUCCCCGACCCCGAAACCAAAAAUGUUGUCUCGAAGGAGAGGACCUUACUCCGACCUACCCGCAAGACGGUGCAUCACGGUGUGCGCGGUUUUGAUGCUGCACGCGUCUUGUGGUGGUUGCAGGAGGGUAUUCUUUAACAGUAUCCUGCCCGCAGCCAUCGAUCCCGAGGAGUCGGUGCUCGGGCACAGGCCCGCAGACUUUGUUCGCCACCGCCGGGAGUCGAUGUUGUUUUUGCCCGAAAAUUUUCAGCAAGAGGAGGAUCUAGCAGUAGAAGUGCGAUCGCGGGAGGAAGAAGCGCCAGUGAUUCAAGCUCGACCUCCAUUUCCCGUGGCGAAUACUCAACAAGUCGAACAAGAACGUCAGCCAAAGAACCCGGCAGUGUCGUGCUACUUGCCAACACAAGAGCAGCUGCCGGGGGGCGGUGGCGACCCCCUUCGCGAUAAUGAUCUAGUACUUCCAGGUUUUCUUGCGACGAGCCAUGCAUCACUAUCCGCGCGUGGAGGCGGGGAAGAUGACGACAGAGAUAGACAAAGACCUACCUUCAUUGCGUAUCCUGAGGAAAAACGUACCCACACCAGGGUCAAGAUGAGGAUCUCGCAACACAAAUCGAGAAGUUUUGGGGGUCCAGCAUGACAAGUUCGUCUAGGUAUUGCAGUGCAGUUUAGCAAGCACAGCCGCAACACAAAUCCAUCUACUCAUCCUGUCGACAGUAUUGCAAAGCGCAAAACGUGAUUGGAAAUGCCUCGCAUGUGUAUGCGCAUUACAAAUCUUCCUGUAGCUGCAAAUCUGCAUUACAACUCUGGCGUGGGUACGUUUUUACUCAGGAUACCUUCAUCGCGGCGCCCUUCGUCCCGGAGACAGUUGCUUCGUCCAGCGGCGAGGGCUGCAUAUCAAAUGUAAAAAUGUCUGGGUCUGGAAGAAUGCAACUUGUGAUGCUGCGUUUGGAUUCCAAAAAAAUCUGUAUUGCAUGAGUACCAAAGGAAAUACAAUUUUUGCUACGCUGAGAAGGCAUCUGUCAUGCGGAAUAGGCAUCAAGAAGCCCCCAGAAAAUCUGUAUUGCUAGGGUAUGCAUCACAGACAUCAUGGCUCAUGCAAAACGCGCAUGACAAGUGUCAGAAUCUUCCAGACCCAGACACUUUUGCACUUGAUACUGCACCCCCGCAAGCAUUUCGCGUGGGGCUCCUUUCGAGGCGGGCGGGCACCACGAUGUAGCGCCGGAGAGCCCCGUGGUUGUGUGUCGCGAGAGCCAGAGCGACCUGCCAUCGGGCGAUGUAUCUGCUAGGGGUUCCGGUUCUUUCCCGUCGGAGUCCACAGCAGCGCCCGCAGACACUACAGUGGAGGAGGCCGUGCUGACGGAGCGGCAGGAUGUUGAGCGUCCGCUUGAAAUAGUUGCGGCUGUUCGUCCCCCGGAAGUAGUUGCAGGUCCUCUGCCAGAGCAGAACCGAAACAACGCCCCGGAACAACAACAUCGAGCGGACCGCGAAGAGGACCGGAUUUACCUCCCGCCCGGGGAGCCUCUGGGCAAAUUGCCCCGGUCGCGGAAGCAGUCGAAGAGUAGUAGCGGUGUCGGCAACGAGAUCAAGCUGUUCUGGGACGGUGGAUUGUCUUGGGACGGCUUCUCGUCCAGCAGUGAGGACGAGGAUGAAGACGACGAGCGUGACGGUCGCUCCCACCCCGGAGUCGAGUCCGAAGACGGGUCGUGCCUGCACAGACAUGCGAAGGGCACCCGGAGAAGCAGAGCCGCAACCUACCUCGUCGGCCGAAAACCUAAAUUCUUUCUCCUCAAAUUCACUUCCGCCGCCUCCGCAGAGCCGAUAGAAACGCCACGGGAGUACGUUUCCACCAUGGAACUGAAAGACAUCCGAGACGACAUGCAGUUUUACUAUUUGCGCACCGUGGACUUUCUCCAGCCGAAUGGAAGAAUGGAGAAAAUUUCAUUUGACAAUAGACCCUGCAUCACUGCUGGGGACCUCGACUUCAGCUGCGGACCUUCGGGGGGAGGAGGAGCUGCUGCGAACAAGCAGGUGGAUAAAAGUUCUUGUGUUGACGAUUAUUAUCAAGAGGAGAGAAAGACGUUCCAAAGUUCCACCGCCGGCAGUACUACGGGUAGCAGCUGCAGCACUUCGAACGAUAAUCGGCCUUCCUUCGUAGUGGAUGAAGAAACAGAAACACCUACUACAGCAAAGCGGUCACUACAGACGAGGACCCUCCUGCUCGUCUUUGGCACCGGAAGAAGCACCGUGAAGGAAUUUCUCCACUUCUGGCAAGGCAUUUUCGGAAAGCUGGAGCAGGAACACACUGACUAUCCACAGAGAAAAACCCAUGCACAUCCAAUUUGUCAUGCAAAACACGUCAAGCCACAGGGUAAAUAAGCAGCAGUGGAAACCUAAGCUUUCCGGGAAGUCUUUUGCGCUUCUUUGUAAAGUUUUCAUACCUUGUUCGAAGUACCAGAAACAAUUGAGAGGUGGCAAUAGAGGUUGGAGUGAAAGAGGAAAAAUAAGAAAUAUCUUCGACGGACGUAUAAAGUCAUGCGUUUGUCAUGCAAAAAAUGGAUGUGGAUGGGUUUUUUUCUGUGGAUACGGACAAGUCCACGUACGGCGCCGUCACACUGGCCGCCCGGUUUCCGCGCUCGUUGCGGCUCGGUUUGCCGAGCGGGUUCGUAAGGAAUAGCUUCGGAACGCGAGUGAGAGACCAGGAUGCAGCGGUAAAUCUACUGACUAGUAGUUCUUGGUCGUCCAUGCCCUCAACCUUGAAGCACCACGCGCAGGCCCGGAGUGCACCUUGUUCUUCCACCGGCUCCCCAUCCUCAAGUAGCUGCAGUAAGAAUGCCCGUCUGCUCCGUCCGUACUUCAUUGACCGCGAACAAGGGCUGGCAGAGCAACGAGAACAGAUCGAGAAGCACAUCUGGCCGGCGUUACUGCAGGAGGCGAACGGGGUGUUGAAGGAAUUCCUGCACUUACCCGUGUUCGGGUCUGAGGAGCACGAGCGGCCGCGGGUCGCGAUGAAGUUUCUCGAGCAACUAAUUUACCUGAUCGAGAGCAAUUCGGCGUGGUCUAUGUUUGAAUUACCGGUGGAACGGCCGAAACAAAAGUUUCCUCUUCGGCGGCGGGAGCACCAGGUGCCGCCCUUUAAUAUCCACCCUGGCGCAGCAGCAGUAGAGCAGCUCUCUCCCGAGGCGAAGAAAGUAGCGAAUGAUCACGCCGCACUCCUGGAGAAACAGUUCGCUGCGAAGUGGGAUUUGAGUUUGGAGAAGCGGACAAUGCUGAGGAUGUUGGAAGUCCACGACAAAAACAGCUUGUUUCCCGUGUUUAUGUUCUGGUUCGCAAACCCCGAAAAGGAGUCGGUCGAAUGGGUGGAAAUACAAAUCGAGUUCUCGGAGGAAAGUUCCACUUUUUUGUUGCGGUUUUCCGACCUGUAUCGGAUGUGCAGAAGUUGUGAUGUACUUAUCAUCUCACGAGCUAGAAGUACUUGUUGUAUCAUCAUGCAUGCGGAAGUAUCAGACUCUGCUCCUGAACAUCACACAGAGUUAGGAUAAGUAUUUUGUUUUCGUUUUCUCAACUAUUUUCUCAUGCAAUUUUUUAAUACUAGCGUCGUUAGAGUUACAGCACAACUUUUGCCAUGUGCAUAGGCACGAGGGCGCGAACUCGCACGACGCGGGAAUACGUUUCGUGGAAGCGCGACGGAAUCACGCCAGCGGGUGGAGCCGGCGGCAGUUGCAGCGCUCCUGCGACGCAAGGCGUUCGAAAUUGUCUAUGUCGGAAGUGUUGGUGAUGGAGCCCGAACCCUGGUGAAAAAAAACUGCCGGCGUACAACCUCCCUUGAUGGAGUUUUUCGGCGUGCAACAUUGUUCCGGGCGUGCAACAUCGUUCCGGGAAAGUUAUGCAGCGUACUUGUGAUUGUGAACAUUUUCUUACUCUCAGCAGUUCUUUCUCUGAAGAUGCAGUAUUAUGUCUGACGAAAAUAGAAAUUAAGAUUAUACGGUUUUCGUACCUGCACCACAGGGUCGCUACAAGCUGAAACAACGCAGUCUUAUGCGGCGUGUGGCUACGACAACGUAUCCAGAUUCGGAUUUUACCAUUUUUCAAAAAGCUCCAGCUCUGUGCCUCCACCUGCAUGCUUUUUUGAGAAUUUCCCUUCCAGUCUCGCCCGCUCCCGCAUUAAUGCGUGUUGCAAGGUCUCGUGGUAGCUCUGGGCGGUUCGACUAUAUCUUGUAUCAGUUUUGGAGGAGAGCAUAUGUAAAACCGGUAUAGCAAAGCAGUUUCUACAGGUACAAAAUUAUUCAGGUGUGCUGACGACGAUACUUUUACUUUACACGGACUGAGUACGCGUAGGACAACGCGUCGGGGCCUUGCAGUCGAUAUUUUGCAUUUGCAUACAAAGCGCUAGAAUACAGUAGAGGUGUAUAAUAAAUUUGCACAGUGAGUUUCUCUGCCAGAUAAGGCUGCGGCAAGGCUCGCUUGUUUCCGCGGGCGGCGGCAGAAUUUUUAUAUUCUGAAGCAUCAUUAUCAACAUUGUUUGUAGUUGUACUUACUUACUUCGCAGAAUUUGAAAAUCAAAAUUGCAAAAGACGAUCAGGGCUGCUCCAAGUUAU